GCCCACACCGUCGUUACAGUGCGCUUAGACUCGAGGAAAGGCAGGACCGAAGGAGUUCCACGGUUCGAAAGAAAUCGCUACGUAUUCAGUAUUCCAGAAAACAGACCACCGUCUGUUGUUGGUGUGGUUCGAGCCUACCAUGUGGCGUUGUCGUCCGAUGACGUCACCCUCCAAUACGAGCUUCUCCCUGGCUCCUUCAGCGCUUCUUCGCUUCCGUUCCGGGUUCACCAGAUAUCCGGCGAGAUCACCAGUGAAGCUGUGCUCGAUCAUGAGACCAAUAAAAACUACGAGUUCAAGAUCCGUGCCUGUCUCUCGGUGAAUCCGGGCACCUGUGGCUACACUUCUGUCGUCGUGAUUGUCACUGAUGUCAACGAUAACGCUCCCCGAUUUUCGGCCUCACAGUUCCACAUUUCCCUCCCAAGCGAUCUUCCAGUUGGUUCCGAUGUCAUCACUCUGCAGGCUACCGACGCCGAUUCAGGCAUUAAUGGCGAUGUCAACUACGCCAUUAAUCCGCCCAGUGCAGUGUUCGGUGUCGACUACCACACGGGCGUGGUGCAGACCAUCGCAGCACUUACCGAGUCUCAUUACGACCUUAACAUUGAAGCGUUCGACCAUGGAGAUCCUAAACAGACGUCAGUCGCUCGGCUAAGCAUCGCCGUUCACGGCACGAAUCCUUCCGCACCCUUUUUUGACAAG